UGCGAGCGGAGGAGGUGGAGGAUGGGAAGGGGGAAGGCUCGGGUGGCGUUCCAUGCAGUGGGCUGCGGAGAGAGCUCCUGGAUUGCCUGAGAGAAAGUGACUGUGUGAAAAUACACGGCAUGUCUCCUCGCGAGUGUCUGCAAGACGGAGCUCCAGGCCAGAGGGCAGAAUGUAAUUCAUUCAGACUCGCCUUCUUUGAGUGCAAGCGUUCGCUGUUGGACAACCGCCAAAGGUUCCGAGGCAGAAAAGGCUACUGACACAGUCUGCACAGCAGUGAAACGUUAUAUGUGACGUCACUCGCUAUACACGCAAUGUUGUUACCGUGGUGUGUUAUCAAAAUGUGUGAAAUUCUCGUAUUCCGCGCGUGCGCGGAAGCCCGCGGAUAUAUACGGCUCGAUUACAAUUUUCGGUCAUUUCGACGAUUACCAGCAGGUAAGCAGCAAAGCUCUCGCGCUACCACGACCUUGUGCCUUCAGCACACUUCGACGACACUCGUUUACGAGUGACUAAAGUUUCAAGCCAUUCAACGCAAGACGAUUUGUCUGAGCGAAGUCCCCCCCAACGCCAUGGCCUUUUCGGAAUCCAGCCACCCCACACAGCAGGCAAACAGCCUGGUCUCCUUCCUCGACACGGCAUCCAAAACCAUCACCGGACUCAUGGGAGAGUCCAGCAAGGGAAACAAGAGGAAAGUCAACCACAAGAAGUACCUACAGAAGCGACUACAGAGAAAACCGGCCCAGCCGAAGGCGUCAAAGCAGACAAAGAGCAAAUCAGCUCAGCAGCUCCCACCUACCGCCUCGGCCUCUAAGGCGCGGGAGAUACCCGCCUCUGGCGCCCCAUCGCCGAUAGUUCACCACAACUCGUGGCCACAGCUACCCGGCUACUCCCAUCCAUCUUCAGUGGAGCCUGACAUUGACUUUCUCCUCCAACAGCUCAGCUCCUCUGCCUCUGACAUGCCACCCGUCAGUCGCCCAUGCUCGGAAUCUUCCUUUUACCCUCUCCGCUCCUUUGCUGGCCCCCAGCCGCUGCCCACGGUCCCACUAGAGAGCCAGGUCCUCAUCGCAGAGCAGCCCUACGGCUCUCCCUACACACCAUCCAACAGCUCCGUGGACGAGCUCCUGGACGACUCCGCCUAUUCUUCUCCAUGUAGCAGCAUCCACAGCUCCCCAGCCACAGCCUCUCUGGCCCAGGAGUGGCAGUGCUGCCCCGUCACCACCUCAGUGCCAGUCUGCCUCCCAUCCACCACCAGCAAUUGCUGGGGAAUUCCCCCAUCCUGCAUAGCCUCAUGUGUGGCAUCCACCAGCGACUGGCUCCCCAUGACAUCUUCUGCCAUCACUACUGCCUGUCCCAUGGACCAGCACCUGCCUCCCACUGUGCCACAGCUCUGGGAUCAAAUAAACUUCUGUGAACAAGUUCACUACUAACUUUUUCUGCCCUUUUUAUCUGCACACUAUACCCCUUUUGUCAGACAGGAAGCACCUUUUGCCUCCAUUUUGCUCUAUCAUAACUCUGGUCACUUUUCCACAAUGUACUCGUAGGAGGUUACGCAUUGCGCAUGCGCAAUGGUGAGUGAUGAAGAAGGUCCUGAUAACGGGAGCGUCUGGUUUGCUGGGUCGAGAGCUAUGCAGGCAGUUCAGGAAGGCAGGGUGGGAGUGUCUCGGUCUAGCCUUUUCACGGCUGGGGGGUGGACUAAUAAAAGUUGAUCUCUGCCAAAAGGACGAAGUUGAGAAGGUUUUGGAAGAGUUCGAACCUCACGUGAUUGUUCAUGCGGCGGCUGAGAGGAGACCGGACGUGGUGGCCAAGCAAACUGAGCAAGCUCGCACCCUCAACGUUGAUGCCACGGUACAACUGACUCAGCUCUGCCGACAGAGAGGGGCAUUCUUGCUCUACAUCAGUACAGACUACGUCUUUGAUGGAAAAUCGCCCCCAUACCUUACCUCUUCCCCUACCAACCCUCUCAACACGUAUGGAGUCACCAAAAGAGACGGAGAAGUCGCCGUGGCCAAGUACGAGAAGGGGGCAGUGCUGCGAGUGCCGGUGUUAUAUGGAGAGGUGGAGGAAGUGGGGGAGAGUGCAGUGACCACUCUACUUACUGCAGUACUGAACACCUCCCAGCAAGCCAGACUGUCUGACUAUGAGCAGAGGUACCCGACACACGUCCAAGACGUUGCAGAGGUCUGCAAAUGUCUCUGCAGCCGGCAGUGGGCGGAGCCAGGUGUGGGAGCGGGGGUGUGGCACUGCUCUGGGGAGGAUCGUCUGACCAAGUACUCCAUGGCUUGUAUCAUUGGUCGUGAGUUGGGACUACCCACAGACCACCUGGUGCCAGUGAGGGAGCCAACUGCCGGGGCCCCUCGACCUUACGAUUGCCGACUGGAUUGUACCUCCACCAGAGCUGCCUUCCCCACUUCCCAAACACCUUUUGUAUCUGGCAUUCGAAGCGUUCUCGUUUCUCAUGUCUCGAAAUAGAAGUAUCUAGGUGUAUGCUACCAGAGCCACUGGUGUGUAUGUGUACAGUGUGUUUGAUCUGUAGUAGUCAUGUUACACACCUCGUUCACUCUGUAAGUAUUUGUUAAUAAUGCUCAUGAAUUUUUGUACUUGUGGGACGCGCCUCUGUGCAUACUGCGGUCGGUAGCUCCAUACUUUACGACUCACAGAGGGGAUCGUGAGAAACAAGCAAUUGGCUUCUGUUGACUCCUUGUGUUCAGUGAGCGGUGGAGAAUGCCGGAGUCCCACUCGGAGACGGUGGCCUUGGCCGUUCGUGCAGCUACAGAAUGGAUGGAGGCUGCGACGGGACGGCGCUUCCCCCCCGACCGAACAUUCCGUGCGACUCUGGAGGACGGGGUUUUGCUCUGCGAGCUGAUGGACAACCUCAGUCCCGGCCUCCUUCGCCACACUCCUCAUCUUGUAAGUCUCCCGUCUAUGAAGACGUUCAGAGUAGAGUUUUGAUGUCGCCCACAGCGCAACGUGGAGAGAUUUCUGAUGGGCUGCAAGGACCUUGGGAUGAGCAACGAGCAGCUGUUUGAAGAUACAGACCUCAGGGACCCCAGUCUCCCAGAUCAGAGCAGGGAUAAGAGAAAGAGUUUGAAUGAGAGGCUCAAAAGUGUCUGUUUGACACUGUUCUGGUUGAGUCAAAUUGCCGACUAUUCGGGGCCUCAGUUGGAUCUUACACCGUUCACUGCUCUCUUCCCUGAUCACGAGGUAAUGCCUAGAGAGGCCCUCACUAGCGAAGAGGAGCAAACUGCAGACCAACUUCUGGCAGAUAUUCAGACUGCUGUGGACGAAAUGCUCAAGGACUUUCAGACAAACAACAUCUCCCCAGAAUCUACACCGCCCUCCUCUCAACCUCCACUCCACACUUCUUCCAGUGCAUCUAUAGACAAGUCUUCAUAUCAUCACUAUCAAGUAGAUAGUGAUCGUGAAUCAGUGGAAAUAGAGAUGAGGAUUUCUGGCGGAGGGUUUGGGUUCCAAGUGAGGGGUGGACUGGACACGAUGUCGAAUGCGCAGGUGGACAUGGUACUACCAGGUAGUGCAGCCGAGAAAGGCAGAGUCCAAUCAGGAGACGAGAUAAUUAGCGUUAACGACAGGGAUGUGACAGGUCUCAGACAUGCUGAUCUUGUUGCCACCAUUAGACAGGCUGGGAACGAAGGCUACAUAUCUCUUGGCCUCCUCCGGAUGGUGGAAGAGAGACCCAGCAAUCCUCUCCCGCCAGAGGAGGAGCUGACAAGACAGACCGCAGCCCUCAAGAGAAUGUACCCAAAGUCACACCAGUUACUGGACUCUCCGCUUGGGUCCACACUCACUCCUGUACAGGAGGAAGAGUUUGAACUUUCACCUCCGCUCCCUCCUCUGCCUGGAGAGUUGAAUGAGCCUCUGCCCCCGUUGCCUGGAGAGACCUCGACCUUUCACCCUCCGUCUAGCGACAACUCUACUCUCCCUCCACAGCCUGGAGAGUCUCAGGUAUCCCCAGCUCCCUACAUCUCUCCGCUGCCUCCUCUGCCAGGAGAAACUGGCCCCUCCCCCAUGUCCCCUGGAGUGGCAGCAGUGGCGUCAGCGAGAGAGAGUGUCAGAGAAAUGGAGGAACUUCAGCUGGCGAUGGUGCCGCCACCUGAUCCCUCUCCACCUAAACUACCCCCUCCCCCUCCCCAACGAUCGGAUCCUCCCACCUCUCCUCAAUUACCACCUCCAUUGGAAGAGGUGGAAGAGGAAGGAGCAGAGCUGACGUCAGAGGAACUGGAGGCAAUAGUAGAGGGCUUGGGGCGAGCUAGUCAGUCCUCUGAGAGAGGGGAGGGAGAGGGAGAGGAGCAGAGAGACGGGAAGAGAGACGAAGAAGAGGAAGAGGAAGAGGAGGGAGACGUCAAGGACAUACCCUGGGAACCAAAGGCACAGUGGGAGGACAACAAUGUGAGAGUGGGAGAAGGGGGAAGUGGGGAGAGGAAGAAGGGGAGAAUCUGGUCGUUUCUCGAGGAGAAGACGCGAGUUUCCAACGAGGAGAGAGCUCAGGCCAGCACCAGUAGUAAAUUACCAACACCUCCACGGGCUCCCGUCUUCAGGAAGCCGCCACCUCCAAAGGUUUUACCAAAGCCAGUGAGAAAGAAGAGUGUUGAGCAGCCUGUUGUGGAAGAAGCAGUAUUCAUUCCUUCUCGUGACCCCAACAUGAUAACCAUUCAGUCCACAUCAUCCACCGAGCCCCUCAACGUACGGCCAGUCAUGGCGGAGGAGGUGGAGCUACACGGAGACAUCAAGAUCCAGAAAGUUGCGCACACUCGCUGGACACCGCAGAAGAAGUCUCUGGAGCAGGUCCAAAAGACUAUCAGCAAUCCUGUCCAUACCCCGCCCACUGAAACCCCUCCCAAACCAUUAACACCGCAGGAAGGGAGGUAUGGAGGGGCCACACCCCCUGGUCCGGUAAAACAGGUGUCCAUGCCGCAGUUCCCUCCCCGAGGAGGGCAGCAGAAGGGGUCACGAGGUCAGCGACUGGCAGAGCAGACGCGAGUGAACCGGGCGCUACCAGUGGGGGGUCCUCCUCCAGCAGCACGAGGCAGAGUUCAGUCAGUUUCGACAGGAGCAGUGCAGCAGUUAAAUGGAGGAGCCAGUUACGACAGUCUGUCAAACGUGGCAAGAGAUAUCCAACACCAGAGCAGUCAGCAGCAGCAGGCAAAGGCCCGCAGUCGGACAUGGGGUCCCAGAGAGAGGAACAAGUUCACUGGCGGGCCCACCCAGCCUGCCCGCCCCUCCCUCGCCACGAUGAUACCUGACAUACAGCGACAGGACGGCCCCCAGCAGGCUUUCCUAGUGAGACCUGCAGACCCCAGCCUCCCUUGCUCCCUCUGCCACAGACCACUCGGCCCCCAGCCACCUCUCAUCGCAAUCCCUGGCCUGCACCUCCACUUCCAUCCCCAGUGCUUCGUGUGUCCGGUCUGCCACACCUACCUGUCUCCGCCCAGAGGCCACACCUCUACAACCGUGAUGGUCCGCAAUAUGCGACCUCACUGUCACUACUGCACCUCCAAUACACAAGGGGUGCAGGCAACCGAGUGCUGAGUAUACAGAGAGCUCUCCACUAAACCACAGACUGUACUAGUCCUCCAUGUAGCAUGCCACACUAUGUGACUCUUAAGAAAUUGACAGUCCCUUUCUAUAGCACAUACAAAACAUCACUUUUAACCCACACCCUCAGUCACAUGACCUAGUCACAUGACCUAGUCAAUAGUUACCAUGUUGUCAGUCUGCGGAUGGUGAAGGUGUAACUGAAGAACUCCCUUCAUCUGAGGCAUCUUCUCUAACUCCUGUAAUCAUUAUAUUAACUUUUGAGGGAGU